AGCGCUCACCCGGGCGGAGGCGGUCCCGGCGAGGCAGCACCGCCCCCGAGCCAGUGGCAGAUUUGAAGGGAAGAGGCGGGAGGCGCCGAGUGCCGCGCCUGGCGGUACCCUGCGGUUAUGGUGGAGGGCCCGGGCUGCGCGCUCUAUGGCGAGAAGUUACGGGCCCGGGUGCGGCGGGACCAGGCGGUGCGGAGCGUGCGGUGUAGCGCUGUGGCAGCCGCGGCCGGAGCUGGUAGCCCGACUGCUGCAAGCAAGGAGGGAACCUCUGGUCAUGAUUUCCUUGUUGGACAUGUUUACAGGGGUGUGGAGACAUUGGGAAAGGAACUUUUUAUGUAUUUUGAUCAGAAAGCUUUGAGGAUUCACUUUGGUAUGAACGGUUCCAUGUGCAUUAAUCCCAAUGGAAGCAAAGGCAGAAAUGCAGCACUACCAGUUUUGGAGAUACAGCUUACAGAGGAUAUUGUUUGUUUUUUCGAGGUGACAGUAGAGUAUAGAAAUGCAGCUGAGAGUGAACGGAAAGUGAGAAUGAUGGAAAGCUUAGAUGUCUGUUCUCCAAAAUUUAGUUUCCUAAGAGCAGAAAGUGAGAUUAAGCGGCACAAAACCCUCAUGUUGUGUGAUGUGUUACUGGAUCAAACAGUAUUACCUGGAGUGGGAAAUAUAAUAAAAAAUGAAGCACUGUUUGACAGUGGUCUUCAUCCAGCUGUUAAGGUUUGCCAACUGACAGAUGAGCAUAUACAUCAUUUGGUGAAAAUGACACGUGAUUUUACCAUGCUUUUUUAUAAGUGCCGCAAAACAGGGUCUCCACUCUACAAACACUACAAAGUAUACAAGCGCCCAGCCUGUGCUCAGUGCAAUGGUAAGAUCACUGUGUGUCGUUUAGGAGAGAAUAACAGGAUGACUUACUUCUGCUCUGGAUGUCAAAAGGCAGAUCCUCAACUUGUCAAUCUAAGCAAAUUGCCAACUAGAAAUAGCCUAAUUGGCUGGGCAUAUGGCAGAGGGUCAUGUUCUAAUGAAGAUGUAGCUUGGAAGUCCGAAGAGGAAUGGACGUGCAUGCGCUGUACCCUGAUAAACAAGCCUUCUGCUGAAAUUUGUGAUGCCUGUUUGACUUCAAGGCCUGAAGUUCCAAAGACAGAGAAUGUUGAAGAUCCUGCAGCCUUUAACAUAAACUUAGUGAAGUACCCUUGUAAUGACUUCAGAAAACCCAGCAGAGAAAUAAAGAUCAAUAGGAAAACUGCAUUUGGAACUACAACUCUUGUCUUAACAGAUCUUGGUAACAAAGAUGAUUUGAGAAAUGAUACCCAAAUAUCCGAUGGACACUCUCAGUGUGUUGCUUCAAAAAGUAAUUGUAGACACAUACAAAACAAUGUCUACCAGUCAUGGGGAAGCACAGCCAAGCAUUGCCCGACACCUGUAACUCCUAUGGCUUUGUCCUCCUGUCAGCAACCUCUCUCUUUCACACAUGUACAGAAGAAACAGAAAACUGAUCAUAUAUCCACAGUUCACCAAUAUAAUAAGGCAAUAAGUGCAGGCCAUCCUCGCUGCAGCAAACACAGCCGGCUCUGCAGCCUCAGAGUUGUGAGAAAGGAUGGAGAAAACAAAGGCAGGCAGUUUUAUACCUGUCCUCUACCCAGGGAAACUCAGUGUGACUACUUUCAGUGGGCUGACUUGGAUUUUCCAUUUUGUAACCAUGGCAAGCGAUCUGUUAUGAAGACUGUCUUGAAGAUCGGUCCCAAUAAUGGAAAGAACUUCUUUGUGUGCCCUCUUGGAAAGGAAAAACAGUGUGGCUUUUUUCAAUGGGCAGAAAAUGGGCCAGGUUUGCAACUUAUUCCUUGAUGGCCAAUGUUAAUAGUUAGCUGCUCCUCAGGAUGUUUUAAGUGCAUACAACUUGCCUAGUCAUUUUUCCAUUUGCUGCUUCAUUAGUAAAAGAGCUCCAACAGCAUAAAGAACUGCAGGUCUGGAAAGAGUCAUUUUAUGUAGUCCUGUAAAACUUAAACGCUGCUUGUGUGCUGCAUGCUAUUUUGCAAUAAUCAUCUAGCUUGCAGUAUAUUGUAACAUACUGUUGUAUUUCUAAUUAAAAAUUGAACUUUCUUUUUGCCUAUACAUGUCAUUGAAGUUUGUCAGCACUGUAUACUUUCAAGCACGUGAUUUACAGAAUCAAUAACUUUAAAUUAGUAUUUUAAAGUGGCAGAUUUUUCCACAAGUGUAAACAUAAUAAAAUAAUAAAAGUUAAUAUAAAGAAAACACACUUGUUUAAAUACUUCAUGCUUUAUUUACUCAGAGCUUAAAAUGAAACAGCAAUGGACUGUACACUUCAAAUGUUAGCAUAGUUGAAUGUGUGACCUUGCUUAGGUUUAGAAAAAGACAAAAACUGCCCUAAAAUUAAUAAUGUGACUCUGCAGCUUUCCUAAUUACAUAUUUUAAAUCCAGGUCUUAACAAUUUAUUCUAGUUGCUACUAAAUUUUUUUCUGUCAAUCCAUCUGUAAUGCACAAUAAAAUCAUACCUCUUUGUAAAUAUUUCAGAAUUAAUUGUGCCAUUUCUGAGAGGUAACUGCCUUUUAUUAUUUAUUUUGAGGGGAAGGACUACUUAAUUUUCCUGAGAAACUUGUGGAAGUUCAGUCCAAUUAAAUCUUCCAUGCCAUGGUGCAAGUGAAACCGAUUUCUUGUCCUAACCCAACACAAAUUUAGAGGCUUUUUUCUUCAUCUUUUCAGUAGCCUUUCAUACCUCUGAAAUCUUUUAAAAUUUUCUUAUGUGAAGGAAAUCUUUUCUAAUUAGAUUAUAGAAACCAUAAUCCUUAUGUUGCUCAGUGGCCUCUUUCCAAAGACUAUAUGUAUCUUUCAUGAAGCCUAUUAUUUAUAGCAGGGUACAGAACUCCACCUGAGAACAAAACAAGCUACUUCACAUGGUAAAGACUGCCUUUCCAUUGCCAUCUUUUUGUAUGAUGCUUCUUCUAACAAUGCAGUGUCACUGCUAGCUUGUGCUUAUACAUCUAAAUCUUUAAAACCCCUAUCUAACCAGUUCCUCACUUGUAUUUGUACAAUUGAUUACUGUGAUAGUGUUUGAUUAUUUUUAAAUUGUACAUGCUUUGGAUGUUUUGUACAGGGAUAAAUCUUCAACAGUUCAGCUAAACAUGAAAA